GCUGCAGGUUUUCUGCCCCACUACUUUCAUUUUGCAGCCUGGCAAAUGCUGCGAGAUAAAAGGAUGUUCAUCAGUUUGAGGGAAACAAAAAGAGUAGUCCUUUGAAAUUGAGCUGGAAAGGCUGCGAUCAGCUGCUUUGCAGCCAGAAUCAACUAAAAUAGAGUUUUUUUUUCAAAAAUAAGAUACCAUGACAAAAACAGCAGAAGCCAUUUGAAGGGCCUGAUGUGUGCUAAGGAUUGAAAUGUUUCUCAGACAUUUCUACCAGGUGUCAGGAACAAAGACCCACACUCACUGGACUUGAACACACUGGCUCAGAUACGGCAACUCCCUCUUCAUCCCCACUCUUCAGAUUCAAGAUACAAUGAAGAAGGUGGCUUCCUCCUUGUGUCUGAGCUCCAGGGCCAGCACCUCUGCCCCUGGUUUAAUCAUUUUCUGCACUUGUUUUUGCAUCCAGAAGUUGGAAUCAGCCCAGUUCAGAGUAAUUGGAUCUGCUCAACCAAUCACUGCUAUUGUGGGACAGGACAUCGUGUUACCCUGUCACCUGUCCCCCAGAAUGAGCGCGGAGAACAUGGAAGUGAGGUGGUUUCGAAACAACUUUGAAGCUUACGUGCAUCUGUACUGUGAUGGGAGAGAUCAGUAUGAAAAACAGAUACAAGAAUAUUUUGGAAGGACAGAGCUAUUGAAAGACAGCAUUGCGGAUGGAAAUGUUCCCUUAAAGAUUCUUAAUAUCAAAUAUUCAGAUGAAGGGGAGUACAGCUGUUUUCUUCACGAUGGCAGUACUACUGCUGGAACCGUAUUGGAUCUCAACGUAGUAGUCUUAGGUUCUGUUCCCCUCAUCUCUGUGGAGGAUUACCAGGAGGGAGGGAUCCGCAUAGUUUGCCGAUCAUCUGGCUGGUUCCCAGAGCCCAAGGUGGUAUGGAAAGAUCCCAGUGGGCAGCAUUUGCCAUCACUUCCUAAAACAAAAGCUCAACAGGAUAAUGUCCUAUUUGAAACUGAAACUACUAUUGUUAUAAAAGAAUAUAGAAACUCAAAAUUGUCAUGUUGGAUAAGAGACAAGUACCUUAGCCAAGGGAAGGAAUCAACCUUUUCUAUAUCAGAUCUGUUUUUCCCUCAGAUGAAUACCUGGAUGGUGGCUCUGAUUUUUAUCCUGGUGGUUUCAUUGGGUCUCUUUGUCUUGAUCAUUUAUCUUUUCAAGCUAAGAAGUGACCUUCUGAGACAACUUGGGUGGAGAAGACAUGUCAUCUGUCCAGGGCUGGGCAGAACUGCGCCACCUGUGGAGGAAGUGAAGGUGACUCUGGAUCCAGACACCGCUCAUCCCGAGCUUGUCCUAUCUCAGGAUCAGAGAAGUGUGACAUGGACAGAGACAAAGCAGCAGCUGCCUGACAAUCCUGAGAGAUUUGAUGCUGAGCGCUGUGUGCUGGGAUGUGAGGGAUUCACCUCAGGGAGACACUGCUGGCAGGUGGAGGUUGGAGAGGGGGGAUACUGGGCUGUGGGGGUUGCCAGAGAGUCUGUGAAGAGGAAGGGAUGGAUCUGCUUUGGCCCUGAGGAAGGGAUCUGGGGUGUGCAGUGCUGGGGGGAUCUGUUCAUUGUUCUCCAAGGUCCUGAUCACAGACCCCUGACCCUGGACCGGGCACCUAGAAGGGUCCGGGUGUAUCUGGAUUGUGCAAGGAGGCAGGUGUCAUUUCUUGAUUCUGAUACCGAGACCCUAAUCUUUACCUUCCCGCUGCCCUUGCUCACUCAAGACAGAAUCCAGCCCUGGCUCUGGCUGCGGGAUUCGAGAGUCCAGCUCAGGUUUCCCCACUGAGUCACUGAUGCAACCUUGCACUGCACCAGAGAGGAUCUCUUAGUUCAGGGGUUCUCAAACUGUGGGUCGCGACCCUCCGGGGGGUCACGAGCAACUUAAAAGGGGGUCACAAACUUCUCUGCCAUCCCCAUGUGCAAACACUCUGCAUGCUUCCCUCCCCGAGCAGAGAUGCACAUGUUCUUGGACUCGACCGGGGUGGUGGGGGGGUGGUGCAUAAAUUUAUACAUUAUUUUAUGGGGUCAUGGUAUCACAAAGUUUGAGAGCCCCUGUCUUACUUGGCUUCUGUAGCCUCAUUCAUGCUCAUCUCUAUGACUCUGAAGGACCUAUCUCUUCCUGGAGACUUUCAGCCCUGCAGUCUCUGUGAACCUGGAGAAGCAGGGUCGGUUCCUGCACUGUCAGGUCACAGGGAACAGGAAGUGACUCAGGUGGAAAGACCAAUAUUUAAGCCUCUUUCCAAGCCUCUGUGACCCAGGGGGGCUGUAGAGUCUGCAGCAUCAGAGACUGCUCAGCUGAGCCCCAGGGAGGGGCCAAAAACAAGGAAAUAGAGGGACUGUUGGAUGCUGUUGAACCCGGAGGCUCUUUCAUUGCAGUUCAUCCAUUCAUAAUCCCAAAGUGAGGAGAAGUGCAAAUUUUGUUCUUUUUCCCUUUGUCUGGUUGCUGAACAACUACCCCUGUGACUGGCUGCCUUCACAUUUAUGAUAAUAAACAACCUUU